GCCUUCCCCUCAACCCACCUGUUCCCUCUCUCACCCUUCCACUGUUUGUUCGUUUCCUUUACUGCUGGUGAUGGUGCUGCUCCUCCUUCCUCCUCCUUCUUCCUCCUGUAAUUCCUUCCCUAUUUAUUAUUCUUAUUUUUCUUCUUCUCCCCUGGUCCUCUGCCCUGACCUGCCCUGUCCUGCCCUGCUACUGGUCCGUCCGUCUGUCUGUCUGUCGCAACUGCUGUGCUGUAUUUUGUUCUCAGACUAAGGUGGACAGUUCUAAUGCCGACCCUUCUCUUGGUAAUACUGCUGGCUGUUAUAACAUCAUCAGAAGCUUCGACAGAUGGAUCACAACGGCGUUGCACCGCAACUAAUUGCAAAGACAUUAGGUCCAUCUCGGCCUCUAGACCUGAGCUGUCCACGUUCAAUGCAGCAUUGGAGAGGACAGCGCUGAACAAGACAUUUGGUGAGAAAGGCAAAUCAUUCACAGUCUUCGCACCAAGUAACAAAGCUCUGAAAAUAGCUUUCAAAAACUCUCGCUUGAUUUGCGUGCACGCCUUUUACAAGGCGCGGCCUUGCACCUCCACUGCGGAUCUCCUUUCCUCCACCAACCUGAAGACGAUUCUUUUGAAUUUUAUCGUGGAGGGUUCAUUUCGGGUGAAGGAUCUAGAAGAUGGACAGCUUCUUCUGUUUGCUAGCAGCUCAGUUGAACAAAUUCACAAGACGAAAACGAGAACAUACAUUGGCAACGCCAGAGUGUUGACUGCGGACUUGUUAGCUAGUGAUGGACUUCUCCAUGUGGUCGACAAUGUGCUGGGCAGCAUAGAUCCCCGGACGAUGCAAGCAUCUGAUGUUUCAGUCAAUGCCACAGCAAUUCGUGUGGCCACAAAGAUCAUCGAUGCUGACAUUUUUGAUGAAGAGCAGCAAAAGGAAGUAGCAAAUGGCGUCCUCACAAAAAACAUUGUGGGGGUUCGAGCUAACAGGGAAUUAGUGGCUCAUCCUGAUGGGGGGUUGAGGAAUCCCGUACCACUUCUCUUCGAUCCAGGUUUCAAUAAAAAAGAGUUUAGUGAACCAGAUAUCAAGUUUUCAUACCCGAUUUUGGACAACGUGCAGCGUCCUAAGAAUGAUGAGGAUCUUGCUUUCAUGAGUAUUCUUCAAUUGGGUUCAUUGCUACGGUCCAAGCAAAUAACCUCGGUGGACCUUGUUAAGCUGUACACAGCACGGCUGAAGAAGGUUGAUUAUGUCCUGAAUGCAGUGGUGACGUAUACUGAGAAGCUGGCCCUUGAGCAGGCCACUGCUGCUGAUAAAUUACUUGCCGAAGGAGUUUAUUUAGGGCCAUUGCACGGAAUACCAUACGGACUGAAGGACAUUAUCGCCGUCCCAGGGUACAAAACCACAUGGGGCUCAAGCGUUUUCAAAAAUCAAGUCAUCAACGAGGAAUCCUUAGUUUAUCAGAAGCUCAAAGCGGCUGGUGCAGUUCUGAUAGCCAAGCUCGCAACAGGGGCGCUGGCUUGGGAUGACAUUUGGUUUGGAGGUCGAACAAAGAAUCCGUGGAAUAUCCACGAAGGCAGCACUGGAUCGUCUGCUGGACCAGCUGCUUGUACAUCUGCAGGAAAUGUACCCUUCGCAAUCGGCUCGGAGACAGCAGGGUCUAUCGUGUACCCAUCCUCUCGCACGGGGAUAACUGGAUUGCGUCCCAGCUUUGGAAUGGUGGGACGAUCCUGGGUUAUGAGCUUAUCUGAAAGCAUGGACAAACUUGGUCCUCUCUGUCGAUCUGCAGCCGAUUGCGCUAUAGUACUCGACGUGAUUAGGGGCAAGGAUCCAAGGGACUGGUCCUCAGAGGAUAUCCAUUUGAAAGACCCAUUCUUUAUUGAUGUCUCCAAGUUAACCGUGGGUUAUCUGCCGGAUGCAGACAUGGGGGUGGUGAAAGCUCUUGCAUCCAAACAGGUGACGAUGGUCCCAUUUGCGUUGAACUACACUGUACCUUCAGCGCAGUUCAUUCUCAACGUAACAAUGGACGUGGACGUACUGGCACAUUUUGAUCACUGGCAGCGAGCGGGUCUAGAUGAUAAUUACGAGGAUCAGACUGCGUGGCCAGUUGAGCUUCGGCGGACUCGCCUGAUUUCAGCUGUGGACUACAUACAGGCGCAAAGAGCUCGUGGAAAGCUGGCACAUGAAGUUAUUCAAACUAUUCAGAGGCAGAAAAUAGAUGCAUUUAUUGGAAAUGCAACAGACUGGGAGAAGGUAUGCGUGGGCAAUCUUGUGGGUAUGCCAGUGAUAGUGAUCCCCACUGGCUUCAAGAAAAUAAAUGGUACUCGGCGGCGGAUCACUGUCCAAACUGGCAUCUACGCAGCUCCCUAUCAAGAUGGAACGGUCCUGGCUUUAGCGAUGGCGUACCAGUCAGUGACAAACCACCAUCUUCAACGUCCGCCUGUUGACAACCUUGGCCCUGGAGACGACUUAUUUCUUUAAUCUGUAAUUUACUACCCUUACGGCUCGGCUUUUGUGAUGAGUUUUCGUGUGGUGAAAAGUAGAUAAAACUAAAUGCAACCAAAGGUUGAGACAAUGUUUACUAUCAGUGAAUUAUUGUAAUGGUUUCAGGUUUUAUCUCAAAGACUGUUUUUAACGCCA